CAAGUCCGACGGCACAUCAAUCGUGCACAAGUUUGACAUGCACGACGAGCGCCCUGGCGAGGACCACGACGAGUAGGUCGAUGAGGAUUUCUGGUAUGCAUCAGAGGGUGAGGAGGAGUGCAACAGCGGCGGAAGUGAGUCAGACGAAGACGAGGAGUAGCAGGUGGACCAGCAGCAGCAGCAGCAGCAGCAGCAGCAGCAGCAGCAGCAGCAGCAGCAGCAGCAGCAGCAGCAGCAGCAGCAGCAGCAGCAGCAGCAGCAGCAGCAGCAGCAGCAGCAGCAGCAGCAGCAGCAGCAGCAGCAGCAGCAGCAGCAGCAGCAGCAACAGCAGCAGCAGGAGCAGCGUCAGCUGCAACAACACCAACACCGGCAGCAGCAGCGGCAGCACAUGGAGCAGUUGGGUGCAGCAGAAAGAGCAGUAAGAGUUCUAGCAGCAAGAGUG